GAUCAACAACAAAUGAUGGUUUCCUGUACAACAGAAUGGAUAUCAUUAUGAAGAAUUUUAUCUCUGGAUUGUGUAUAUGUGUUAAUAUAACUCGGACAUCAUAGUGACUUUAACAUCAGUAGGGGUUGAUUUACCUAUGUAUAUGAUGUUAAGGGUAUCAGAUUUAACCUGAAGUUGUACGACGGGUAAUGAAAGAUCCGACGUAUGUGGCUGUCGCGAUGAAUCCUCACGAUAUUACACCAAAAAACAAGAACCUUUCCAAAUCCUUGCGGAAUUGGGAGGUGUUCCCAGGGAAGAACAAAUUCUGCUGCAAUGGCAGACUUAUGAUGGCCAGACAGACUGGCAUAUUUUACUUCACAUGCACCUUAAUCAUUGUGACAUGCGGCCUAUUUUUCGGUUUCGACUGUCCUUACCUGGCCACCAAUGUCACCCCGGCCAUACCUGCCAUAGGGGCAGCAUUAUUUAUCUUUGUGAUGGCCACUUUAUUCCGUACCAGCUUCAGUGACCCGGGGGUCAUCCCUAGGGCAACUCCAGAUGAGGCUGCUGACACAGAGAAACAAAUAGAAAUCCCGAGCACUACGUCCCCGGGUACCUACAGGCCACCUCCUAGAACUAAGGAGGUGGUUAUCAAGGGUCAGGUGGUCAAGCUCAAGUACUGCUUCACCUGUAAGAUAUUUCGGCCCCCUCGGGCUUCCCACUGCAGUCUCUGUGACAACUGUGUUGAGCGGUUCGACCACCACUGCCCCUGGGUAGGAAACUGCGUCGGGAAGAGGAAUUAUCGUUACUUCUACUUGUUCAUACUUUCACUUUCCAUUCUCUGUAUCUACAUAUUUGCCUGUGUGCUAACACAUUUAAUUUUACGUUCUCAAAAGGACAAUUUCCUUCAUGCAAUGAGGGACUCUCCAGCUAGUAUCGUAGAAGCCAUUAUAUGUUUCUUCUCCAUUUGGUCUGUGAUCGGCCUUGCUGGCUUCCAUUCAUACUUAGUGUCGUCAGAACAGACAACCAAUGAAGAUAUCAAAGGAUCCUUCUCCGCUAAAAGGGGCCAAGAAAAUUUCAACCCUUACAGUCAGGGGUCGAUAUUGAAAAACUGUUUAGUAGUGCUUUGUGGGCCAACUCCUCCAAGUUUACUGGACAGACGAGGCUUUGUGGUGCCAGAAACCCAUGAAAUCCACAGUGGACUAAAUGCUUCGACCGGCAAGGAGAGUAAUGCUGUCAAUGUGAAGCAUGAGUAUUAUGGAUCAACCAAUGAAACAAAGACCAGCAGUGUGGGAACAAAUACAAACAGUGUGGGUCCAGAGCAGGUGUUUCACGGUAGCAGUAAUGGUGUCGGUCCCGUCACCAAGCACAGCAUGAUCAGCUACCAGGGACCAGACGGCUCCAUUAACAACCGACUGCCCCCUAUCAACGGUGGAAAGAACCCCCUUUGGAAUAUGACUUUGACCCAACUUAAUUACCAUGUGGAGUCGACCCCAGUCACACAACUAGAACCGCCACCAGUUGGUCAACCCGAGUCUGAAAUUGACAGCGUACAAACUGUAGUGUACCGAUACCCCCAACAGACCAACAUUAACAGCCAGUGGGACAGCAACAGUAGUGAACAACAUCUCUUCCACAGUGCUAGUCUCAACCAACCUUCCAUGUAACUCCCGUCUGUGUGUCUGAAGUCACUCUUGAGAGAUGAAUCAUCCGAUUAUGUGUCGACGUCACACUCAAUAGUUGAAUCAGUCGAUUAAUGUGUCUGAUGUCACACUCAUUAGUUGAAUCAGUCGAUUAUGUGUCUGACGUCACUUUCAAUAGUUGAAUCAGUCAAUUAAUGUGUCGACGUCACUCUCAAUAGUUGAAUCAGUCGAUUAUGUGUCUGACGUCACUCUCGAUAGUUGAAUCAGUCGAUUAUGUGUCUGAUGUCACACUCAAUUGUUGAAUCAUCCGAUUAUGUGUCUGACGUCACUCUCAAUAGUUGAAUCGGUUGAUUAUGUGUCUGACGGCACUCUCAAUAGUUGAAUCAGUCGAUUAUGUGUCUGACAUCACUCUCAAUAGUUGAAUCAUCCGAUUAUGUAUCUGACGUCACUCUCGAUAGUUGAAUCAUCCGAUUACGUGUCUGACGUCACACUCAAUAUUCAAAUAAUCUGAUGGUAUAUUAUGUACUUAUGUCACGUCAUAUCUACUUAAAAUAUUCAUAGUCUCUGGUGACUUUCUAAAGAGUGAUAGUUUUAUUGGAAAUUUUUAACCAAGAUUUAUUCAAAGCACAAUUGUCUGUUGUCCUGACUAUGUUUUCUGGUGUUGAAGAUGUAUUUUGGGCUAUAAAUAUCUGGAGUAUAUACAUGUAGGUAAAUACUUCUUGGUGUUGUAGCAAACGGCUUUUACCCUGUACAGCUGCUUUUCUCGGAAAAAUGUGAGCCUAUCCUGGGUAUCCUUUUCUCCGGAGAUUCAGAAAUUUGUUUCUGUGUAUUAAUGAUUAUGAUAUUGGUGUCGAUAGAUACCAAGUAAUUUAUUUACAAGUACAUAUAUAUAUAUAUAUAUUAUAUAUAUCAUUACAGUUUGGAUUUCCGAAUAACCGUAACCCAGCUUCGCUGUUUUGUAUUGUCAAUCUGUGUGGGUUCCCACCUGUUAUUUAUUUCGACUGAUUUUUGUAAUUUUUGUAGUAAUUAGUAAUGGAUUUUAACAGAUGAGUUCAUAAGUAAAUUAUUUUGUUUUCUGAAAUAAAAACAAAAUGUUUAUUCUAAAAAGUUUAUUACUGUCGGCUGUCCACAGUUUUAUCAGAAAUGAUGGUUUCAACACAGACUAAAAAUCAAGAAGCAGUGAUUAGACAUGGGAAAAUACAAAAACAUAUAGGCAUGAAAUUUAUCUGGCCAUGUUCUUUUGUAUCACCAGUAAGGGGAGGUAACUGGAGCUCAACAAUUAUCCAUGACAGUUUUGGGUUCUUUAUCUUUCUUAGGGACACCAGAUGUAUAUUGUAUGUAUGGCGGAAUUUUUUCACUAAAUGUGGACAUGGUAACAUGGGCAACCGGUCAUUAACCGACCUUGAAUAGGUCACCAGAAAGUUUGUAUGAAAUACCUACCUUCCCACUGUUUGAAAAAAGAAAAAUAAUCAUAAAAAAUCACAAGAAUACCAGUCGGAGUGAUUUUAAUAUUCUAAGGGACACAAUGAAAUUUUUUUUUUUUUUUUUUUUUUUUAAGUUUUCUCUUUCUGUUAAUGUAGAGUCAUUCUAUAGAAGUUGUAGUAGUUUGGCGUUCGUUUCUUGGCCACUUUUUUAAGGCGAAUCAUUGAUGAAGUGAGUUCAUGAAACAUGAAUAUUGUGAUACAUAUUAUAAAUAAUGUCAAUUUUCUUGAUCUUGUAUUUUCUUUUUUUUAUACUUUUGCUUUGUGAUCAAUUUUAUAUAUGUAGAUAUUAUGUGUGAUUGUGUAUUUUGGGGGGAUCAUGGCAAACAUUUUGUUUGCAUGGAAAUUUAUCAUAAAAAUCAUUUGUUUUACUUUAACCAUAGGGAUGCUUUUGUGAGUGUAUAUUUAUGUUUAAAUGUUAAACAAAAUUGAAAUCCCUCACAUUUUCAUUCAGUCUAUGUCAUACUGGUUCACAACACAGUGAGCUGUUCUAUAUUGUGGAGUUAGGGAAUUAUCAAAAAUAUUUUCAUGAUUACAAGAUGAAAUUAGGUUGGAUUUGUGAUGUAUUUAAAGGCUGGUUUGAAUUUAUAAUCAGCCACCAAAGAACCGAGUUUAAAAAUUUAUAUCUUCAGAGGUUUCUUUAACACAUUAAUUUUUUCUUUUCAUGGAUUGAAUUGCUUUAAAAAUCUAACUUGUGCAUCAAUUGUGUUGAUAUAUUGCUCACCCUUGGAUGGUUAUGAUACAGUGAUGUUGUAGAAUGGACACUCGACUGGCUCACUGUUGUUUUUUGGGUGAUACGAUACACCAUGCUAACGGUAGAUAUAUACAAUGUCUGUCAUUGUAAUUACCCAUAAUGCCAUCUUCCGUGUUGUGUAUAUAUGGUUUUAUCUAUCAUAUUCACAGCUGUUACCUUGACCUGUAAAUCAUACGGAACUUGUCGUAAUGUACCGCUAUGUCAAAUCAUUUUCAAGCAUUAUCAUCUCAUUAAUACUUAUUGUUAACAGCUUGUAUUUCAUUGUUAGGUUUGUACGGUAAAAUGUUUUCGUAAGAAAGAAUGUAAACUUUAUUUAUUUUACAACAAUUGUGAAACAAGUUAUAUAACAACUUAUAUUAAUCAUGCUUGUUGGCCCCGAUUGAAACGUGCGAGGGUUCUUACUGCGGGAGGAAACCAAAGAAUCCGGGGAAAACCAACAUGGGCAGGCAGGUGACCCCAUACCUUUUCAGGUCCGAUUUGGGAAUUGAACCCCGGCCGCCUAGGUGAAAGGCAAGUGUGUUACCACUGUGCCACUCUACCAACCGUGUAUCGCAACUCCUUUGUAUACGUAACUUAUCUACUGUAAAUGUGGAAUUAACACAGGGUCAAAUUUAUGCUAAAUUUGAGAAGACCAUUUGACCAUGAAAAAUUACUGCAAUGCAAAUUAUUUUCUGAUAUAUGAAGUAUUUAUAGAACAGAUGGAAAAUAAAUAUUCGUGGAAAUAACCCCAACAUGUAUAGAUUACAAAUCAAAAUCGCGAAAUUGAUAACCCGCAGAAAUAGCCAUGCUUACAGUGUCCAGACAAAUCAUUCAUCUGGUUCAGUUUUGGUUUUUGAGAGAGAGAGAAAAAAAUAGUUGAACAAAUCUUUUGUGCUUCUGACACUUUAAAAUUUAACAUGAAAUAAACUCAUCAGUUCCUCGAUACAAGCACGUUAAAUGUUUUAAUAUCUGACUUACAAUCAUACUGUCAGGUAAAUAUCUUUCAUUAGACUGUGAUGUAGAUCAAGUUGUAGUCAAAUGGAGUGUAAUGUUAAUUCUUGUGAUUGUGUUAUUGGAG